AUGAUUAAUUUUCUGUCGACAAAUUCUGUAUUUCAGGCACUCAUUAUCCGUGAUUACUGGUUGUUGACUGUGAUUAGUGUUCUCUUUGAAGUCUUGGAAUACUCUUUGGAGCAUCAGUUACCCAACUUCAGUGAAUGUUGGUGGGAUCAUUGGAUUAUGGAUGUUCUCGUCUGUAAUGGCUUUGGAGUUUACCUUGGUAUGAAGACUUGUGAAUAUCUAGGAAAUAAGCCAUAUCACUGGAGGGGUUUAUGGAACAUUCCCACAUACAGCGGCAAGUUUCAGAGGGUGGCUGCUCAAUUUACUCCUUAUUCAUGGACAUCUUACAACUGGAAGGCGACCACAAGCCUCAAGAGAUGGCUUGCAGUUUGUGGAAUUGCUGCUGUGUUCCUGAUGGCAGAGUUAAACCUGUUUUACCUGAAGUUCAUUCUGUGGAUUCCUCCUCCUCAUUUUAUUAUGCAAGCUCGUAUGGCGUUGUAUUUAGGGAUUGGAGCUGUGUCUCUCAAUGAAACAUUCCGGUACAUGGAUGACCCCACCUGCAAACGAUUCGGACAGCAAGCCUGGGUUGUGGCGGCUAUUGUAUCUACAGAAGUGUUGAUCUGCGUCAAGUUUGGCUGGGAGACCAUCAGUAUACCCCUACCUAUGCAUGUAGCUGCAUUCUGGAUUCUCUUCUUUAGCACCUGGACUCUUUGGACUGUGUGGAACUUUUGGCCUUCCAUCAUCGAUGGCUUUGGAGUACAUCAUCAUGACUCGGAGAGUAAUGGAAAAAGUAACACGGAACAUAGACCGAAGCGUGAAUGAGCUAGGCACAAUUUUUUAAGGGACUGUUAGGUAUGCUUGACUUGUGAUCUAAACUCCAGCACCAAGCUCGGAAUUUUAAUACUCAAUACCGAUUGCUAUAGAGUGAUUGCAAAGUGUGUUCUGAGAAUUUGAUAGUUCAUCACGACUAUCGUCUAGUUGACUACUUCCUUAAUUCUCACCACCUGUAUGCUUGACGUUGUAUUGUCAUUGGAAGGAGAAAUGAGAUGCCGAUCUCUUUAGAACCUACAUGUAUAGACUACGAGUAGUCGUCGACUUUUCCUCAAAUUUUGCUUACAUGCGCGUGGAAAUGUUUCCUUUAUGUAAAUCUCUGGUGAAAACAUUAUGGGAAUUGACAGAGGAAAGAUUCUUUCCAUUCCCGAUAAUUCGGCUGCUUUGCUUUCUGCUCACGUGGGAGGCGCGGUGGCCUAGUCCACUGGACUUCUGAUCAAACUCUGGCUUGGAUCAUUGUGUCGUGUACUUGAGCAAAACACUUUAGUCUCGCAUUGUCUCUCAUCGAAGAGGGACUACUCGCAGUUCAUAACUUGUAGUAAUUCAUACCCUCAACAAUUAGUAUUAAUUUAUUCAAGAAAUAAACAGAUCCCGCAAGUGGAAGUUAGUUUGUGUGGAACACCUGCAAGGACAAUGGGCACUUUUAUAAACACUGCGUUCACCAUCCUUUGCUAGUCCGGCGUUUGUAUGCCUGGGUGCAAAUUCUUGCUAGCCAGCCAUGCAACCGUCUGUAAGCUGUGCGCUGCCGAAAAAGAAGUUCUUCUUGGUUCAAGUUUUUCCAUUCACUUGCACUUUUCACACUAUUAAAUCUCUUAGCUUGAAUAAUGUAUUCCCUAAGGUGGUACGUAAGGUCAACAAAGACACGCCUUUGCACUUUUAGUUGAUUCACGUAAAUAUUAAAUUGAAUGCUUUGUAUGAUUGUAGGCUAGGGAGUUAUUAAUUUAUAUAUUAUCUUAAGCGUGAGGUUCUACGCCACAGAUCAAAAAACUAAUAUAAAUUGGGAAAAAAUGUUAGGUUAUUUUAAAACAAGAACAGUCUAAUGUACUGGUUUGUAUUUUCUUUGUAUGGAUUAUUUAAGGUCCAGACUGUUAUAGUUUCAAUUGUGAGAAUGCCAUUUCCUAUUUUUAAUCCACCAAACAAUUUUUAAGAAUUGUAGGUCAUGUAAUUUAAGACGAAGGACAGCCGAGAAUGUAAAUUAUUGCAAAAGCAAGUUUGGCUGAUGCAAAAUUUAAGAUUAAUUUUAACAGUAUGUUAGCUGUGUUCCGGAGUCUCAGUUACGUUUGGUAAUAUUUAUGCCUCGGAUCAUAACUGUAUUACAGGAAGAAUAAAGCAUUUGAAACAAGGUCA